AAGAAGCCGAGAUGCAAGCAAUUCGUUCUAGGAGAGAGUGCGUGCAUGAUAUUCCAUCCAAGAGAGUGUGACCAGUUCGCUGACUGCGGCGACAGCGAUUUCGGCAACAUGGGUAACGUUGUGGGGAUUAUUACUAACGGAUAUUAAUUGGGAGCGACCGGAAAAAUGGCAGAGAGGUUGGAGUGGGUUGAGAUCAUCGAGCCGCGCACGCGGGAGCGCAUGUACGCCAACCUCCUCACCGGAGAGUGUGUGUGGGACCCCCCUCAGGGGGUGCGUAUCAAGAGGACAGGGGACAACCAGUGGUGGGAGCUGUUCGACCCCAACACCUCCCGCUUCUACUACUACAACGCUUCCACGCAACGCACCGUCUGGCACCGCCCGCAGGCCUGUGACAUCAUCCCCCUCGCCAAGCUACAGACGUUGAAGCAGCACACGGACGUGCCCUGCCCGGGAGGGACGGGGGGGGACAAAGGAGGGAGGACGUCAGCGGAUAACAGCCCAGGGAGGAGCAGUGCCGUCAGUAGAGAGGGGAGCACCUCGUCUUCCCUGGACCAGGAACUGACCACAUCGGAGAAACAGGGGAAUAGAGAGGAGGCAGAGAGGACCUCUCCGUUCAGGUGGAACACAGGUACUAAGGAGAGGAUGCUGAUCAAGGUGACAGACAGAGAACCCAGCUUCCUCUCUCACCAGGGGAAUGGUUACUCCCCCUGCGACCCCCCCACCCUCACCCCAGUCCCUGCACCCGGCACUGGCACAGCCUCCCGUACCCGCCGAUCCUCUGGAGGUUCCGCCCCCCCUGACGGCGCCCCUGACGGCUCUCCCAUCCUCUAUGUUGACCGCCACCAGUCGCCCUUCCUAAAACGGACGGAGCUCGGGGGCGGAGGAACAGGGACCCACCGGCGCUCGUCAGCUGACUCACAGCCCUCUUCCCCCCGCUAUGCCUAUGAAUCCCCCCUCUACGAGGAGCCCCCCUCGGAGUACCAGCCCCCGCCCAUCUACGAGGAACCUCCCACAGAUGGGAUGCGCCACCUGGGCUCUGACUCCUCCUCAUUGCUGUACGGCACAGGGAAGUCCCCCACCCGGGGAAAUCCCUCCUCGGGGACGCCCCUCUACCACUCGCCCAAACAGAGCCACUCCCCCUAUGGUCAGCUGGUGUUGACCAGACAGAAGUGUCCAGAGAAGACACAGAGUCUGGAGUACAGCCCUGCAGGGAAGGAGUACGUCAAACAGCUGGUCUAUGUGGAACAGUCCUCCUCCAGUCCGCGUUUUAAGACGUCCGACCGGCUCCUUCGCUACGGGACCUCCACGGCUACACCCUCCUCCACGGGGGGCUAUGGGGGCUCCUACGGGGGAUCCUACACCCUCCAACACAGCCAGAGUCUGAUCCGGGACCCCCGGCUGCUGCUGGAUUACGGGGGCGGGGAGGGGGGCGAAGGAGGGGGCCAGAGGCUGCUCUACGAGGACUCUAUGUCCUGGAGCUCCAGUCAGCACCACUCCCUCUCCCUCUCUGGGUCUACAGGAGGAGGGGGCUUCUCGCCCGGUGGCAACCGCAAACGCAAGACCCGGAAGCCCUCCCUGCCUCAGGAGCUGGGAAGUUGUGGAGGAGGGGGUGGUGGGGUGGACCGGGAGGAAGGGCCAAUGUCGGGGACCCUGUCGGAGGCGGUGAUGAACCAGGCCAGGCUGGCGUGGGAGGCCCAGCAGGUGAUGAAGCAGAGGAGCAGUUGGGACUCUGCCCCGGGGGGAGGGGGAUCGGCUGGGGGCUGUGCCCAGGGAGGUGUGUCUAAAGACGGGUACGAGAGCGACGGUGCUGUGCCCCUCCCCCUGCCAGGCCCGGUGGUGAGGGCGUUUAGUGAGGACGAGGCGUUGGCACAGAGCGACGGGCACCACGGGCAUUACCACUGGAAACGCAGCACCUUCGACAGACUGGGCUUCCCUCGGGCACUACUGGAGAAGAGCCUGUCUGUACAGACCAACCUGGCCUCGCCUGAGCCCUUCUUACACCCCUCACAGUCGGAGGAUCUUGGAGCCUGUGCUCAGUUCGAGGCAAGUCGUAAUGCUCGGAACAUGAUGCCCAGCGCAAGCUGUGGAGUUUUUCCAGAAUUCACCCUGCGGAAGCCGUCCUCAGAGACCGACAUCGAGAACUGGGCCUCCAAACACUUCAACAAACACACACAGGGUCUGUUCCGGCGUAAGGUGUCCAUAGCCAACAUGCUGGCAUGGAGCAGUGAGCCAAUCAGGAAGCCCAUGAUCGUGACGUCAGAUCGUGCGGUGAAGAGGGAGGCGGUGGAGAUCUUUAAACUAAUCCAGACCUACAUGGGAGACCGCCGAGCCAAGACUGACCCACUCACUGUCGCCCUGGAGACUGGCCCACUGAACAUCGCCCUGGAGGUGGCAGUGCGUGGUUGGAGCAGUCAGGGUCUUCGUGAUGAGCUCUACAUCCAGCUCUGUCGUCAGACCACAGAGAACUUCCGCUACGAUAGUCUGGAGAGGGGCUGGGAGCUCAUGGCUGUGUGUCUGGCCUUCUUCCCCCCAACUCCACGCUUCCACUCCUACUUGGAGGGAUACAUCUACAGACACAUGGACCCCCUCAACGAUACUAAAGGAGUGGCGAUAAGCUGCUAUGCCAAAUACUGUUACCGUAAACUGCAGAAGGCAGCUCUGACCGGAGCUAAGAAGGGGUUGCAGAAGCCGUGUCUGGAGGAGAUCAAACACGCCAGGAACGCCAUAUUCAGCCCCUCCAUGUUUGGCUCCUCCCUGGAGGAUGUGAUGUCACUGCAGAAGGAGCGUUACCCCGACAGCCAGCUGCCCUGGGUCCAGACACGCCUCUCAGAGGAGGUUCUGGGGCUCAACGGAGACCAGACAGAGGGCAUCUUCAGGGUUCCAGGUGACAUAGAUGAGGUCAACGCCCUCAAGCUGCAGGUGGACCAAUGGAAGAUCCCCACGGAUCUGGAGGAUCCUCACAUCCCAGCAUCUCUGUUGAAGUUUUGGUACAGAGAGUUGGAGGAGCCGUUGAUUCCGCAUGAGUUCUAUGAGGAGUGUAUCACUCACUAUGAUGACCCUGAGGCUGCAGUCAACGUUGUCAUGGGCCUGCCUCACAUCAACAGACUGGUGCUCUGCUACCUCAUACGCUUUCUACAGGUGUUUGGCCAGCCUACCAACGUGGUGAUAACUAAGAUGGAUGUGAACAACCUGGCCAUGGUGAUGGCUCCCAACUGCCUGCGCUGCCAGUCAGACGACCCACGCAUCAUCUUUGAGAACACGCGUAAAGAGAUGUCCUUCAUCCGCGUGCUCAUCCAGCACCUCGACACCAGCUUUAUGGAUGGCCUGCUAUAGCCCCCCAACUUCAACUGUACCCCGAAACUACCAUACGACAUACGGCGCCUCCCCCCCUGCUAUAGCCCCCCACUUUUCAAAUAUUCUACCCUGAAAAAAACCACACGGGUUGCCCCCCAAUUUCAAAUGUGCCCAUAAAUCCACCAAGGCUCCACCUGCCCCACAGACCCUGUUCUAACCCCCCAACAUCAAUUGGGAUGACCAGGAUACCUCCCAACUCCAACUGCCCUCCAUAUACCCUGCUAUAGCCCCCAAACUACAACUACUGACCCCAAAACCAUCCACACAGGACAGGAUGACCCCCUACCUCCCCGACAGAGCCCCAACCCGGACCCCUGACCUCUAACCUCUACUCCCACCCUACACACAGGGACUUGCGUCUCACACACACUGAUGUACAGGGUUACACACACUCACAUAGACAUACUCUCACAUGUACAUUUACUGACGCGUACACACACACACUCACUUGUAUAGUACACAUCCAUACACACAAUUUCUGAAAUCAGGGUGUCGGACCACAAAUCAGCUCCGGACCCAGAGCUACAGUCAAACUGCCAUCAAAGAAGGUGGAUAAAUGAAGAUGUCCCACUCAGGCUGUUUACCAUUGAUAAAAAUGGUCACAGUUCCGGUCUGCUUAAGGGAUGACAUAGGUACCAAUGUAUUAGCAGCUGAGUCUGGUCUCUUUAGUUCAUUGACUGUAUACGAACCAGAAAAAAGGAGGGCGUGAGAUGUCUCGCUUCCUCUCCUGUCUCUGCUGCCAUGAAGCCUGUCAGUCCAUCUGCACUGUUGUCACCAACCAACUGAUGUCAAUAAAGUUUUUUAUUUAGAUUUUUUUGGACGGUGGGGGCGAAUCCAGGUCAGGUACUAGAGGGGAUCAUCGCAGCACUGCCAAUCAACCGUGACUGUUGCAACCAGAAGUGAUAGACACCCCUACAGCCCUUACCACCCAUCCGCCUAGUACAUAGGCCCUUCUGCCCCACUCACCCCUCUGACCACCCAGACAACCACACAACCUCUACCCCUAGAGCCCCUCACUAUCUACCCCCAACACAUCCUCAAGAUGGCGCACACCACUAUACUCUCAUACUGAUAUGAUUUCUGAAUGUCUAAAUUAAGAUCUGUCCACCUCUGUCUGUCUGUCUGUCUGUCUGUCUGUCUGUC